AUUUUCAUUAAUUAUGGGUAAUGAUGGAGGAAGUAUUGCUGGAAGAGCAGAAUUAGUUAAACUUAAAAAACCAGAAAAAAGAGUUGAAAGUGUUCUUGUUGCAAAAGUAUAGUUUCAUUCUUAUUAUAGUAAAGAGCUUAAUUUUGUUCAUUAACUAAAGAAAGAUUGAGAAAACCUAUUGCAUGUUGCAGAGCUGGUUAUCUAUAUAAUUAUGAUACUUUACUUAAGGCUUUUAUGGAAAAGAAAAUACCAAAAGAAUUAAAACACUUAUAAAAUGUAAAUUUUCAAAACCUAUUUUAGAUUAAAAAAAUCAAAAAAUUGAAUAUUACUGAAAAUCCAGAUUAAAAUAAUGAAUUCCCAUUUGUUUGCCCUAUUAGUUAAAAAGCAUUAAAUGGAAAAGAAAAGUAUUUUAUGAUUUUUAAAUAGAUUUUAAGCAUUAUGGACUUGUGGUUGUGUUUUCAAUGAAAAAUUGAUUAAAGAUCUUAAAAUCAAAGAAUUUAAAUGUCCAAUUUGCAAUAAACCAUAUACAGAAAAAGAUAUAGUUUAGUAAUUUAAUAUUAUUAAAUUUAGAUUGUGCCCAACUAAUGAGGAAGCAGAAAUUAAAAAAGCAUAAUUGUAUAAAGAAAUUGAGAUUAAAGAAAAACAAAAAGAAGAUUAAAAAUAAUAAUUUAAAGUUCCAGAUGCUGCUGAAAAUUUAGAAUCUUAAUAAAAAAAAAAAGUAUGUACAGAAGAACGUAAAUGCAUGAAAUAAGCAAUUGAGAACAAUAAACUUUAAGUUUUAUAAAACUAAACUCAGGAUCUUAAAAAAAAUGAAAGUAAAAGUAUCAUUCUUAUUCUAGUUUACUAGUCUUUAUUUCAUUAAUAACAUAAACUUGAAGAUAAUCUAUUCACUAGAAAUGUGAGAUUCGGAAAUAGAUGA